AAAUCUUCCAAAACCAAACACAACAUUUCUGCCAUACACUUCAUGCCGCCACAAACACAGACCAAGCUAUUACGAAGAUCAACAACAAAAAGAAGACGAAGAACACGACACCGCGCACUGAAACAGAGCAAGAAGAAGAUCAUGCGUAACGAUGAAGGAAAUGAACAAAGAGGCGCAGUGACGGUGGAGUUGGAUCUGCAGGCUUUGCCGGAGGGAUGCAUAGCCAACGUCAUCUCUCUUACGACUCCUCCCGAUGCGUGCCGGCUCUCUUCGGUUUCCAGGAGCUUCCGGUCGGCCGCUGAAUCCGACGCCGUUUGGAGCAAGUUCCUGCCGCCGGAGAUUCCCACCAUCCUAUCUCACACGGCGGCUGACGCACCCAGUUGCCGAUCCAAAUCCAAGGAGUUCUAUCUCGCUCUCUGUGACCAUCCGGUGCUCAUUGACGAUGGCAAACUGAGCUUCUCACUAGACAAAUGGAGUGGGAAGAAGUGUUACAUGGUUGCUGCAAGAGACCUUGCGAUUGUUUGGGCUGAUACUCCUAACUAUUGGAAAUGGAUUUCUGUGAAUGAUUCCAGCAAAAACAGGUUUGGAGAGGUUGCUGAGCUUGUUGGUGUUUGCUGGCUUGAAAUCAGAGGCAGAAUUGACACACGAUUGCUGUCCCCUUUGACUAUGUACAAAGCCUACCUUGUGUUCAAAUUAACUGCAGCGGCUUAUGGAUUUGACUACCAACCUGCAGAGGUUAGUGUAGGUUUGGUUGGAUCAGAACCCACAAAGCAUGAUGUGUUUCUUGACGCGGACAGAGGUCAGACUCAAAGCUACCAGAUAGUACCAAGGCGUAUUGGUAUAUUCCACAGAAGCCGCAUUUUGGGUCUGCAAGUGUCCCGACCUAGAGAGAUCGAUGAUGAUCAAUACCCCAAGGAAAGAGCAGAUGGGUGGUUGGAGAUCGAGCUGGGUGAGUUCUUCUGUAAAGGAGGAGAAGAUGGAGCGUUGGAAAUGACUUGUUUGGAAACCAAGGGUGGUCAGUGGAAAGGUGGUCUUAUUGUUCAAGGCAUUGAGGUCAGGCCAAAGAGGAAAUAGUCCUAGCUUUAGUAGGAUUCAUCUGAUCCAAGCAAGGGUUUGAUUUUUUUUCUUCUUUGGUGUUAAUAAUUCUGUAAGGGCCUUCCAUAAUUUAAGAUAAGGAAAGAAGGAAAGAAAUAUCUCUCUUUUACAAUGUUUUGCUGCAAUUGAGAUUCACGAAUGAUGUGUAUCACUUUGUUGUGUCAAUAAAGAUCAUACUGUUGGUUCCUAUGUGUAUGACAGUGUU